ACAUUAAGAUGGCUCUUGAAGAAAAUGAGAAUAAGAAAUGAUGAAUAAGUAAACUUGAUAAUUUUUCUCCAACUUUAUUCACUAUUUCUUCAACCUUUGACUUUUUUUUUUCAUCGGAGUUUCUUGAAACAAUGGAAGAUGAAGUGAUUUUGUUGGAUUUCUGGCCGAGCAUGUUUGGCUUAAGGGUCAGGAUUGCUUUGGCAGAAAAAGGAGUCAAGUAUGAGUAUAAAGAAGAGGACUUGGUGAACAAGAAGAAGAGCGAUUUGCUUCUUCAAAUGAACCCAGUUCAUAAGACGAUCCCAGUUCUCGUUCACAAUGGUAAACCCAUCUGUGAAUCUUCCAUUAUUGUUCAGUAUAUUGAUGAAGUAUGGAAGGAUAAAGCUCCUUUGCUUCCCUCUGAUCCUUACCAGAGAGCUCAAGCUAAAUUCUGGGUUGAUUACAUAGAUAAGAAGGUAAACAGUCCUGGGACGAAGACAUGGUGUACAAAAGGGGAAGAGCAGGAGGCAGGGAAGGAGUUCGUUGAAAUAAUGAAGACCUUGGAAGAGCAGCUUGGAGAGAAGCCUUAUUUUGGGGGAGAGACUUUUGGAUUCGUGGACAUAAGUUUGAUCACUUACUACUGUUGGUUUUACUCGUAUGAGAAGUUUGGGAACUUCAGCUUAGAGGCAGAAUGUCCCAAACUGAUUGAAUGGGCAAAGAGAUGUGCGCAGAAAGAGAGUGUUUUGAAGACACUCCCUGAUGAGAAGAAAGUGUUUGGAUUUUGCAUAGAGAUGAGGAAGAUGUUUGGGUUGGACUAGAGAAAUAUAUAUCAGUGUGUUUUUGUUUUUUGUUUUGUUUUGGGCUUGUGUUAUGCUUUCUCUAUGAGCUAACGAAUCGUGUGAUUUUCCUUCUAAAUAAACUACAAUGAAGGACGCUUUUUGUGUGUCCUUGUGUUUGGUUUUAAGAUCUUCCAUCUUUUAACAUGACUCUUUAUGAUUUUAUCCA